UCGUUGCUCACUCGUGCAUCUGCUCUCCUCGAGACUUAUCGCAAUCUCCUCCUCUCUCACAGCCGGAGGAAGCGGGAAGACAGCGAGCUCAGGAUAGAGUACUCUCAGCCCUACUACCUCGGAAUGUGCUUCUGCGUAAUUCCCCCCUUCGCGGUUUUGCAUGGGUUUUCUCUCCCACCCAUCGCUUGUCCCCCCUAGCCUUUGUGGAUCUUUAGGAGGCCGCUCCAUGGAGCUCUACGGAGCCUCACACCCGCUGCGCCUCGGCCGGAGGGCUUCCCUCGACUCGUCUCAUCUCUCUUCCACUAAUAGUUUUUCCUUCCCUUGUACCUUUCAGCUGAUGCAAUUGCACAGUUUUAUGAGGAUCAACGUACAUGUUGGAGUUUAUGCUUGCUUUUCUAGAUCUAACUUGAUAUCCCCUGGGAAUGGUUAUUCCCCGAUACAUUGUAAUCGAUUGUGCAAAUUACUUUGGAGUAUUGAAGCUGACAUAGGGGACAACCAACUCAUAUUCCUGACAGGGGAUCUAGUAUCUUUAGGCUGCUGGAAUCCAGAUUUAGCUGUGCUUUUGUCUCCUUCUACAGAAUUUGCUCACUUAUGGUAUGCUGAAAUAAAGGUACCUAAUGGGAUCCAUUUCAAGUACAAUUAUUUUAUAAAGAACAAGAAAUUGCCGGCUGAUGUCCUUAUUUGGAGGGCGGGGCCUGAAUUUUCCUUGUCCGUGCCUCUUGAAAAUGAUGAACAGGAAGAGGUUGUUGUAAGAGAUUCUUGGAUGAGAACUAGAUUAAGGAGCUGGCCAAGUCCCUCAUGGGAUUCAUGGAUGUUGGAUAUGGAGCUUCCAGUUCGUCAUGGGCAUCACAUCAGUGAGGUUAUUCAUAGGACUCCAUCUACAGGUGAACAGGAGAUGUUGCCAAAUUCCAAUGGGAGCCAUUCAAUUAGGAAGCAGUUCCCUGCUGGUCAAACUUCAAAUAACCAUAUACCCAAGGAGGACCCAACAGUUACUUCUAGUUGCUUAGAAGAGAUAUUACCGGAACGAGACCAGCCUGUUGAAGAACCAUGGCUACUUCGAUCUACACUAUCGUCCAUGGUUGAACCUAAAAAUCUUGAUGUUACGACUGAACAAAAUAAAAGUCACCAAAUUGAAUCUCCUGGAAACUUGUGCUCUGACACAGAAAUGUCAAUUCCUGAAGAGAGCCAACUAUCUUAUGCUGAGAAAUCUGCCUCCAUAGUUAUACUAAUUAACUCUUCCAUAUGUACCAUGCAAAGAAUUGCCAUUUUGGAAGAUGGAAAGCUUGUUGAAUUACUACUAGAACCAGUUAAAAAUAAUGUGCAGUGUGAUAGUAUCUAUUUAGGAGUUGUGACAAAAUUUGUUCCUCAUAUGGGUGGUGCAUUUGUAGAUAUUGGGAUUUCUCGACCUUCUCUUAUGGACAUAAAGCAAAACAGAGAGCCAUUUGUGUUUCCUCUUUUUCAACAAGAAAUUGGUAGAGAAUAUGUCAACGGCUUUUUUAAUGCUGAAAAAAGCAAAUUGACAAACAUGAAUGAAAAUGAACAAUGCUUGGAUGAUGAGGACUGCAUUGACAAUGUCUUGGAGGUUGAUCCUGAAGUUGCUUACUCGAGGGAAGAUUUUGAGGAUCCAGAAACAGAUGAUGAAAUUGAUGUCACUGAUGUUCCUCAAAAUACGAGUUUUGCUAGCGAGUUUGUCAGCAAUGAGUAUUAUUCUGAAGAUUCUGAAGUAAAUGAGAGUCACUUGCAAGAUGAUGUUGAGAAUUAUCUCAUUUUAGCUGCAGAAGAUUCUAAUUUUUUACAUCCCAUACGAACUUCAACUAAGUGGGACAAUUCCAUAUCAGCUGAUAACAAAUGGGCUAAUGUUCGCAAAGGCACAAAAGUUAUUGUUCAGGUGGUUAAAGAGGGGUUAGGAACAAAAGGUCCAGCUCUCAGUGCUUAUCCAAAGUUAAAAAGCCGAUUCUGGGUUUUAACUACUCGUUGUGAUAGAAUUGGAGUGUCAAAGAAGAUCACUGGCCUUGAGCGAGCACGCUUGAGGGCUAUUGCAAGGACACUUCAACCUUUGGGUUUUGGUUUAACUUUAAGAACUGUUGCUGCUGGUCAUUCCUUGGAGGAGUUACAAAAAGAUCUAGACGGUUUGCUUACCACUUGGAAAUGCAUAAUUGAGCAUGCAAAAUCUGCAGCGCUUGCAGCUGAAGAGGGGGUAGAAGGUGCAAUUCCGGUGAUGUUGCACAAAGCAAUGGGUCAAACUCUGUCUGUUGUGCAGGAUUACUUUAAUGAAAAGGUUGGGAGUAUGGUUGUGGAUUCUCCUCGAACUUAUCACGAGGUUACUAGCUACCUUCGUGAGGUUGCACCUGAUCUUUGUCAACGUGUCUGGUUAUAUGAUAAAAGAACUCCCAUAUUUGAUGAAUACGACAUAGAGGAAGAGAUCAAUAACAUUCUAAGUAAGAGGAUUCCACUUUUAAAUGGAGGUUCUUUGGUGAUUGAACAAACAGAAGCUCUAGUUUCAAUUGAUGUUAAUGGAGGCCAUGGCAUGCUAGGACAAGGGACAUCUCAGGAAAAAGCAGUUCUGGAAGUCAAUCUUGCUGCUGCAAGACAAAUUGCUCGAGAGUUGCGGCUAAGGGAUAUUGGUGGCAUCAUUGUCGUGGAUUUUAUUGAUAUGGCUAAUGAAUCAAAUAAGAGAUUAGUUUAUGAGGAGAUGAAGAAGGCAGUUGAGAGAGACCAUUCGAUGGUCAAAGUGUCCGAGCUAUCCAAGCAUGGAUUGAUGGAAAUAACUAGAAAGAGGGUUCGUCCCAGUGUUACAUUCAUGAUUAGUGAGCCAUGCUCUUGUUGUCAUGCAACGGGACGUGUGGAAGCCAUAGAAACAACAUUUUCAAAGAUUGAACAUGAAAUAUGCCGGUUAAUUGCUGAUAUGGAUCAUAAACCGGAUCCUGAGAAUGUAAAAUCAUGGCCACAAUUUGUUCUGAGGGUGGAUCGAUUCAUGUGCAAUUACCUAACCUCAGGAAAACGCACCAAACUCGCCGUCCUUAGCAGCGCGUUGAAAGUGUGGAUUUUACUGAAGGUUGCGAGAGGAUUCUCAAGAGGUACUUUCGAAGUGAAGCCAUUCACAGAAGAGAAGGAAAAUGACGGUCAAAGAGUAGCUAUUUCCAGGCUAAGACAUACAGAAGCUACCAGUUAUAUUAUUCCAAACUCCAAAUUAACUCUCUUCCCUAUGAAAAAGUGGAGAGGGCGUAUCAAAAGAUAAGUUUUUGCUUCAAAUUGCUGCAUCCAUCUGAUUCAUUUUACAUGCAAACGUCUUGAUUUCUGUGUUGUUGAGAUCCAUGACCUUCUUUUGAUUUAUCAUGCUUUGUUUUGUUUAUUAUUGUAUUUGAACGAGCUGUUAUUGGCUGAUUUUCGGCAUGGAAAUGUCAUAUUUGUUUUAUU